GCGAGUGCUUACCAUGGCCUGCCAACAGAUGGGUGCCCCUUUUUCCAACAUAUCAAGAAGCAGCUGGAGAAUGAAACAGCGCAGCGAAUUGUAGCGAUUAAGGAAGCUUUCGCAGAGAUCGAACCUAUGAUAAAAAGCGCUCAGAACUGCAGCAAUGUGACCGAAGUGAGGAACGAAAUUCUGACAAAGCUGAAUGCUUCUUUGACGUGUGAGCCAGAGCCCCCUUGCAAUGCUUCCAAGCCGUACCGGGAAAUCGAUGGUAGCUGUAACAACGUGGAGCACCCUGACUGGGGAAAAACCGACUCCUGCCUGAGGCGUGUGCUCAGCCCUGCUUACGCGGACGGAAUAUCGAAGCCCAGGCGUUCCUGCAAUGGCUCUGAACUUCCGAGCGCCCGGCUCAUCUCGAUGAGUCUUCAUGAACAGAAGAAUGUGACGCACGAGAAUUUGACCCACCUGGCAAUGAUUUUUGGACAGUUCCUGACCCAUGACAUCACCUUUGUGCCGUUCGCACCAUUGUCGUACAUCGAGUUUGAGCUCGGCCCAGGACCAUUUAAUCUUUGUGAAGAGGGCUCUGACCCGGAGUGUAUUCCUAUUGAUGUUCCUGACAACGACACGUUUUAUAGAAACUACAGUGUUACAAAACUACCGAUUCUUCGUUCAUUAUAUUGCCAUAAGUGUGAAAAUGGUUAUCGAGACCAAGUGAACUCGCGCACUUCCUAUAUAGACCUCUCCCAUGUCUACGGCAUUAAAUGGGAUAUACAAGCGUCGGUUCGAACUUUCAACCAAGGUCUACUUAUCAGCCAAGAAGUGGAGGGCGCGGAAUUUCCACCAGACAGUCCGUUUCCAUAUGCCGACAACUGCAGUAUACCGAUGGAGAACAGAAAGUGCGCCUGGACUGGUGACCUACGAGCAACGCAGCACAUCGCCUUACUCUCGAUGCAAACACUGUGGCUAAGGCAGCACAACAGAAUCGCGAGGAACCUUUCUUCAAUUAAUCCUCACUGGGACGAUGAGAAGGUCUUCCAAACCGCAAGGAGAAUCUGCGAAGGAAUUUUUCAACACAUCGUGUACAAGGAAUGGCUUCCGUGGAUGCUGGGCGAGAAAAAGAUGAAGCAGUUUCAACUCAACCCGAACGAAAACAACUACACCGACUACAACAAAAGUAUCGACCCCACUGUUACGAACGAGUUCUCGGCUGCCGCCUUUCGUUUCGGGCACUCCCAAGCAGACAAGAAUUUCUGGAGGUUCGGAAAAGACGAUGACUGGCUAGAACCUGCUAAUCUGUCAACUGGAUAUUUCGUAGCACACAACAAUAGUGAAGGCCUCCACGACAGCGUACUUCGAGGGUCCCUGAAGCAGCCGAUGCAGCAGUUUGACAGGUAUGGUGACCACAGUGUCACACGAAACCUGUUCCGCCAGCCGUACCUUGACUACGGUUCCGACCUUUUCGCCACCGACAUUCAGAGGGGCCGGGACCAUGGCCUCCGUCCCUACGUUGACUACCUGCAACACUGCCGGAACAUUACCGUGACGACUUUCGAAAACUUAACAGAUUUGAUGGCGGAAUCGAACGUCACGGAGAUUUUUAAGGGUCUCUAUGGAAACAUCACUGACAUUGACUUAUUUUCCGGUGGCCUUUCCGAAAAGCCAAUUGAAGGAGCACAGGUUGGCGAAACGUUCGCCUGCAUCAUCGCUCAGGUGUUUUACGGGCUCAAAUUCGGUGAUAGAUUUUACUACGAACAUGGCAACCAGUCGGGCUCUUUUAAAGAAGGCCAACUGCAGUCGAUUCGGAACGUCACAUUGGCCUCAGUCUUCUGCAACAACAUUAAAGAUUUGAAGUGUAUUCAACGUAAUGUCUUCCUUCGCCAGGACAGCAACAACACCGACCUGGUAGCGUGCACAGAAAUACCAGACGUAAACUUGACCUUGUGGGAAGAUUCGGCCAGUAAAGAGAACGCAAGAUAACUAUAGAAAAUAACCUGCGCUAUCUGCCUCAUAAGUGACUGUCUUCAAAGUUUGCGUACUGUAAGCGUAUUCCUCCUCACUAAACGGCUUAGCGAACCUAUUUCAAAGAAAUCUAACUUCAUUGCGAAUAAAUCAUAUCCCUAAGAAUCA